CGCGCAUAUAAAUACUUCUGCGCGCGGCCGCGUUCCCCAGUCUCGAAGACGGCGCCAUUUUGUCCUGUAAGCAGAGAUUUCCCUGAUUUUUCAUCACCAUGAGUGGAUGUCGUGUGUUCAUCGGCCGUCUGAGCCCUCAUGCUCGUGAUAGAGACGUGGAGAAGUUUUUUAAAGGCUACGGACGCAUUCGGGAGAUUAACCUAAAAAACGGGUUUGGCUUUGUGGAGUUUGACGACCACAGGGACGCAGAUGACGCAGUGUAUGAGCUGAAUGGAAAAGAGCUGUGCAGUGAGAGGGUGACCAUUGAACAUGCCCGUUCUCGCCGAGGAAGAGGUGGAGGCCCAGGAAUGGGAGGCCGUUUCUCUCCACGCUUUGGAGGGUAUCGUAAAUCCCGCAGUGUGGGUUCCAGGUAUGGACCACCUGUGCGCACGGAGCACAGAGUCGUUGUGGAGAAUCUCUCCUCUCGCAUCAGCUGGCAGGAUCUGAAGGACUUGAUGAGGAAGGUGGGUGAAGUGACCUUUGUGGAUGCACACAGGACCAAGAAGAAUGAGGGGGUGGUGGAGUUUGCUUCACACAGUGAUAUGAAGAAUGCCAUAGAGAAGCUGGAUGGAACCGAUCUGAAUGGACGCAAAAUCAAGCUGUUCGAGGAUCACAAGAGGGAUCGCAGUAGGAGUCGUUCCCGCAGCAGGAGCAGCUCUCGUUCCCGCUCGCCCAGUCGGAGUCGCAGUCCUGAGCGUGGAAGCAAACGCUCCCGCAGUCGCUCAGCCAGUCGCACCCCAGAGAAGAAGACUACCAGUAACCGCUCUCCCUCCCGCUCUCCGUCUCCUCUGAGGAAACAGAGCCGCUCCCGAUCUGCCUCUACAGAGAGUCAGCACUGAAACUAAUUUUGUGUGCGGCUUUUCCCCCCCCCCUCUUUUCCACUUAUUAAUGUGGCAUAUGUCAAUGUGCUACUUUAGUGUAAAUUACUUACUGUGAGUUGAAUGGGUGAGUGUGUGUGUGUGUGAUGUUUUGAUUAUUUUUUAUCCUGAGGAACUGGGUGGGUUUAAGACAUAAUGGAGUGGGUUCAGACUAGAUAUUUUUCACAAUGUCUUGUAUUGGUUUCUAUUUUUAUUUGAUCAAUUUCAAUCCUGGAGUACUUCUGUAGAGAACUUAAAUGUAUGUGGGUUUUGUUUCUCAAACUCACUUGUUAAUUUUUGUUUGUCUUUAUGGUGGUUCAACAGAAGGGUUAUGCCUGUAUAUACAUUCUGGAAUAAAGUAUAUUGGUAUUUGCCAGAGAA